AUGGGCCGAUUCGGUGUAGGGGUGUCUGCUGUGGAGCCCCUAAACUUUCGGACCAAUAUGGUUGAACUGAGCGACCAUAUGCUGGCCGACACGUGGGCUAACACCGAGAACCCGGUGCGACAGGCGUACGGCGACCGGUAUUACGAGGCCCAGCGCUCGUCUUCGGGUAUCGGCCGAGAAGUGGCCCUAAAGUUGUCGUCUUUGGGCGCGAAUGUAGUGAUUACUGGUCUGGAAGAGGACGCCAUCCAUGAAGUGGUCAACACAUGUCAGACACUAUACAAACGCAAAGCACUCGGAGUUUUUGGUGAUUUAACUGACGACCAGUUUGUGAAGAUUUUGGUCGACAAAACUAUCGCCGAGUUUAGCAAAAUUGAUAUUCUGGUCAAUAAUGCCGGCAUUUUAAUGUACUCUGGCAUUGAAAACCCGGAAUACAUGAAUAUAUUUGACCGCAUUAUACGAGUCAAUGUAAGAGCGAUGCAAGUGUUGACACAGCUAUUGGUGCCAUAUCUGGUGGCCAGCAAUGGUUGCAUUGUUAAUACAUCGAGUGUGAACGCCAACAAACCGCAAAUGUGUGAACGCUCGUUUUCGGGUAUCGGCCGAGAAGUGGCCCUAAAGUUAUCGUCUUUGGGCGCGGAUGUAGUGAUCACUGGUCUGGAAGAGGACGGCAUCCAUGAAGUGGUCAACAAAUGUCAGACACUAUACAAACGCAGAGCAAUCGGAAUUUUUGGUGACAUAACCGACGAUCAGUUUGUGAAGAGUUUGGUUGACAAGACUAUCGCUGAGUUCAACACAAUUGAUAUUCUGGUCAAUAACGCCGGCAUUUGUAUUAAGGCUGGCAUUGAAAACCCGGAUUAUAUGAAUACAUUUGACCGCAAUAUACGAGUCAAUGUAAGAGCGAUGCAAGUGUUGACACAGCUAUCGGUGCCAUAUCUGGUGGCCAGCAAUGGAUGCAUUGUUAACACAUCGAGUGUGAACGCAUAUAAACCGGUACUAUCUUAA